GUUUUCCUUCAACGACGCGUUUUAGUAGACAAGUGAAAAGUUACAAAAGUGGACGGACGCGGGGCAAAAUCUUCAGAUUUUUCCGGAGUCAGGGAGGUUGUACCCGCAUCGCUGCCGUUACAAGAGCAAAACCAAGUUCACUCGCAGCAAACUUUUCAACGAUGGGUCCCUCCACAGAUAAACCGGCUUCAAUAUCGUGACGAUGAAGCGGUUUUUCGACGGGUCCGAGGGUAAAAAUGUCGUUCUUUGCUUCUUAUGCAUUUAUUAAGGUUUUUAUGAUAAUUUUGGUCUCUUCAGUGGUUAAGAAUAUGUGAUCUGUACGUAAAUGUUGUAACCAUUUUUGAUGUAGCCUUACAAUGGCUUGAAAACUCGACACUGUAAAGUCUAAUUUGUGACUUCAACUGUCAGUUGAGCUUUCUUUCGUUGGAACCCAUCGAUGUUACGAACAGAUGCAGUCUUUUCUUUCUUGUAAAAAUGAUCUUUCGUAGGCAUACGUCAAUGAUGAGAAUUUUUUUGUUGUUGUAAAAUGAUUGGGAUGUUGUUGAAUUUAAUUAAGAAGCUUGAAUUUUAUUUUGUAGCCCGAGUGUUCUUAAGAGAACAACUUUGAUAUUGAUCAUUCCUUUGGGAAACAAGAAAAUUUCUCUUGAGAGCACAAGUGUCUCUCUGGAGGAAUGUCUUUGUCUGUCUUUUUUUUUCAGAGAUUUUCUAAACACAAGUGGAACUGUGAAGAAAACUAUAUUGCAAGCCUCACGCUUACCACUUAUUUAUGCUUCCAUUUAGUACACAUUGAACUCAUUUCCUCUGGGAAGGAACUCUGUAAUUUAAUUGCUGAUGUUUACUCUGAUUGCUAAUGUUAUUAAAUUAGUGUUCUAUCCUAUUUUUGAUCUUUUAUUCCAAAGCAUAUGAAGAUUUGUAUGUGAUAGAAAAGCCAGUAGGACUAAGAUUCCAGCUUCUUGAUAUAAGAUGUUCUUGCCUUUCUUCCCUCAGGAUCCUUAAUAAACUAACUCCGGAUAAAUUUGAUAAACUAUGUAAUGAACUGCUUGGAGUGGGUAUUGAGACCAAGUACAUUCUCAAAGGUGUGAUUCUGUUGGUAAGUGUAUUUAAGGUAAUUCAAGAAGUAAGAGCAAAUUGCUUAGCUCAAAUACUACUCCCUAAUACCUAAGACCAAUAAACUGUUUACAUCACAUGCAUUCACUCUGCUCUUGAAAUUCAUAUUUUAUCUCUGAAAAUCUAAUACUGGGAGUAGAUUUUGUCUCAAAGUUUUCUCUUCACAUCUGUUAGUUGUUCAUACAUGCCUUACCUGUAUGGGGCUUUUACAGAACUUCCUUAGAAUUAUGGUAAGAUAAUUAUUUUGGAUGGAUGGUUGAGAUGUUGUUUCUUGUUUAUGCUCCCAGACUUGUUUAUCCAGACCUACCCAAGACCCAUGCUUUUAUGAUUCUUGACAGCUUGUAUACUAUUUUUUUUUCUAAAAAUUACAUGUAUUUCUCAACUAUGUUUUCUCUAUGUUAAGGUUUUUGAAAAAGCUCUUGAUGAACCAAAAUACAGUUCUAUGUACGCCCAGCUGUGUCUGCGGCUUAGUGAAGAGGCACCAAACUUUGAUGAUCCUGGAAAAACUGGAAACUCGGUAAGUACAACUUUGAAAGUUAUCACCAAAAAAAUUGUUAUCUCUGUUUUUACUGGAAGAUUUUUAGCUAACAUUUUUUAAAGAAACAUAAACCUUGCACUAUUACCAUGGCUGGUUUUAUCACCUGUAAUUGUUGCUUAGCUUUUAAAGGGAAGUCUGUUGCUUAACCACUUUAAGUUUACAAGUAAAUUUAAUUGCUAACUAUAAAUUGUGUUCUAGGAGGUCUUAUUUUCUAAGACUAAAACAAGUCCAUAUCAUUGGUUUCCUAUUAAAGAUUUGAAUAUCAUAGCCUCAAAUUUGAAAGAAGCUAAUUGUUCCCUUGAUUUCAAUGGUAAAGUUUAGUCGAAUAUUACUAGCUCUAUGGAUUUUACUGUCAUGAAUUCAGUCACCUGCCUUACAUGACAUGUAGGUCUGAAUUUUGUGGCAUAUAUUUGUCUGAAAGAAUUAGUGUCUAGCCUCCUGUUCAAGGUUUUCUCUUAAAAAAGGCUCUUCUUAGAUCUGAUAGUUAAUUCUCUCCUCAAACUGUUACACAUUUUCUUGUCAAUAAGUGACAAGAAUUUGGUUUUAGGUCAAGAUAACCACUUUAACUGGUCAAGUUUGAGUAUUCUCAUUUACCUGUUUACUUGAUAAUGUUUGGAUGUUAUAGGGAGGAGUUGCUUGUUAAUCACCUUGGUGUUUUUCAGACAUUCCGACGUUUGCUUCUCAAACAGUGUGAGGAUGAAUUCAACAACAGAACCAAAGCUAGUCAAGGUAAUCUAAUAAUACCUUCUGCAUGCUGACAUUUUUUAAUUUGACAUGAAGCAAAUGCAUUUUUAAUGUAUUUGUAUUAUUUUUUGACGGUUUUUUGCUGUUUAGCUGUUAGAACCUUGAAAGUGCUUUUAACUAGGCUGAUGCUGUAUGUCUGAAGCUUUUAUUUUUAAAGGUAGAUUUAUGAGAGACUGUCAAGUCCAACACCACACAUUAUAUUUCUCCAAUUUUGUUGUAUCAAUCAAUCCAUACAUUUGGCUUUUUCCCAUUUCUAGCAUUCCCCUUUAGUUGUGUGGUAGGUGUUCCACUUUUCUUUUUCUCCAUGGUGUGUUAGUAAAUCCACUUUUCUUUCUCUCCAUGGUGUGAUAAUAAAUCCUAUAAAACAGGACAUAAUACAAGCAAACUUUUCACCUCAUCGCCCCAUGAAGACUUACAUUAGAGGAGUUGAAACAUCAGUAUCAAUACAUUUGAUAGUCUGACUCUACAUUGUGCGACAAAUGAUGAAACGUUCAUUUACCUACAUUUUUCUGUUAAACAGGAUGCUUUUAGCUGAUGUCAGUGGGUUUCUUGUUUUGUGUAGUUGGCAAAGUCCUUAGCUUUUGAUUGACAAUAUUAAUAUUGCAUCUUAAUGCCUUUUGUAUGGUAGCUUUUGAUAAAAAAGAUGGUCCACUUACACCGGAAGAGGAGGAACAACGGUCUACUAUUAAGCGUAAAGUGUUGGGAAACAUACGUUUCAUUGGUAGGUUGAGAGCAGAGCUUUCUAGACAAGUGUCAUGGAAAUAACUAGUAGUUCAUAAAGUAAACUUCAACAGCACCCAACCUUGUUUUACUUUGAGAGGUGAUAAAAAAAUAAAUAAAAUGUUCACUACAAGUUCAAAAAGUUUGUCCUUCAAGUUUAUCUUUUCUCAAUUGGUGUUUAAAACUUUGUUUCUUGUGCAUACCAUUUACUUCUAUUGAAGGAUUUAUUGUUCAGAAGAAUCUACAGAAAUUUAUUUUCCUGUAAGUAUUACACCAGAAUCUGUAAGCAGGGCAAAAGAAGUCAACAGAAAGAUUGCAUUUUGUAGAAGAAUUUGUAUAAGAUAAUAGUUAUUUGUUGACACUAAGUUGAUUUUCUGCAAAUAGGUGAACUCUAUAAGUAUGACAUGUUGCACGAGGCCAUUGUACACAGAUGCAUUAAGCAGGUAAAGAAUAUUUUAGUGAUAAGACUAAGUAUGUUAUUUCAAGACAGUGAAUCACAUCCCCAGAAACACCUUUUCAUAACUUUUGCCAUCUUUUAGUAAAAAAUUAAUUUUGUCUAGGAAUCCAUAUGUUUGGGUUGUGGGAGAACCCUGAGAGUGACUAGCAUUUAAUAUCUCCCCAUAAUAUCACCACUGAAUUACACAUUAAGGUCAUGAGAAUAAUGAUCACCAAUUACAGGAACUCUUGAUUGUUAAACAAAUUCUCCUUGUCAGUACCUUAGGAAGUAUACAGAUAACAGUAUGGAGAAUUUGCAUUCUGAUGUUAGGGUGUAAAAGGUUAGCUUGUUUAUGGUUCCUCUUUCCUUAGCUGUUGGACAAGAAGAAGCGUGCUUCAGUGGCAGACUUGUCGGAGUCCAUGGAGUGUCUCUGUUACUUGAUGAGAACUGUGGGACCUAGACUGGACAUUCCCAAAGCUAAGGUACAAAUCAGUUUGGAUAGCUUAAGGAUUAACAAUUGCUCAGAGUAGAUCCUUGGAGUUAGUAACUUGAGAGUGAAUUUCUUCGUCACUGCUUUUUUUCAACGAGGUUCCUCUUAUAUAUGCAAGAUUUGAAAGUAGAUUCUUCUCAUUAAUGACCACACAUUUAUCUCUUGGCCAGCUCUUAGAACUGAGUGUUUUUAUCAAACAAUGUCCACAGUUGAUAAUUUCUUAGUUUUUAACACUUGUCUCCUUGAAGAUAGGAGAAUAUUCAGACUGGUCAGGAUGUCUUGUCAGCUUUGUAGGAAUUGCACUUGUCUUUGAGUCAUUUAAGUUUAUUUUAUUUUUUAUUGUUGGCUUUUUCUUUCAGUCUUUGAUGGAUCAGUACUUUGAGCGCACCCAGCAGCUUUUAUGCCGUGGGGACUUUCCAGUUCGCAUAAGGUUCAUGAUUGAAGAUGUCAUAGAACUACGCAAUACUAAGGUAAAAACCACAUUAUAUUGUAGCCUGCCUCUAUGACUCAACUUGAUAAGAGAAUAGUUGCAUGAUGUGUUACCAGGAGUGUAAUCAUGACAUUUCAUGGUUACCCUCUAACUCCUUGAAGUGAUUAACAUGUAACUUCUCUUUACAAUUGGAAUUCCUUACAUUAUCCAGCAAACAGGUAAUGAGAAUACUCCAACUUAUUGGAUACAAGUUGCUUGAUCUGACACCAAACUCUGGCAACUAAUUUAUAAGGAAAUGCAUAGAAGCUAGAAGGGAGAAUGAACACUCAGGUCUUGGGAAUUACAGUUUAAUGCAAUAUAUUUGUUAUUACUUGUGUUUGACAGUGGAUUCCACGGAAGGCUGUACAUGAGACAGGGCCUAAAAUGAUUCAGCAGAUUCGCCAAGAGGCCUGGCAGGUAACUUGGUGCAGUCCUUGUACAGCCCAUGCAUGUACCUUGUAUGAAUGUGUAGUGCCCCUGAUUAUCCCGGGUGAUUUUGUAUUCAAGUUCUUUAAAUUGACUUUCCAGAUUACCUUGAAAACCUGGGUCAUCAUACUUGUUGGCUGUUGGGGCUUUGGAAUAUCUUAAGUUAUAAGGAGGAGCACAGAAUGGUUUUAAAAUUUGAAAAUAUUCCUAGACACAGUUUUUUUUCUUUAUGGUGCAUCAAGGCUAUGAAACUGUCUACCUAUUAUGUGGAAGUGCAGCACCCCAUUUAGCUUGUUUAUCUAAAAACUUAGAAAAUAAAGUCUGUUACAGUAAAACUGUUUUUAUUUUUAAAACAGUGACAUAGCAAUAUUUUUUGGGGGCCACAUGUAGAUUAUUGUAAGUUACCCUCAAUAAGGAAGUCCUUUUACUUUCAUAAUGAUGAUGGUUAUUAUUGUUAUUAUUAUUAUUAUUAUUAUUAUUAUUAUUAUAAUUAUUCUGUCAUUAUUAACCUAAAAUUGUUCUCUCACUAGAAUCAAGGUGGUAGACCUGGUUUCCCUGUUCCAGUUCAUGGCCAUGCACCUCGUAACAUCCCACCACAUGCUCCUGGUAACUGGAUGAACCAUGGAAUGGGUAGAGGAGCUGGGAGAGGAUCAGAGCACCAACAGAUGAGCAGAGGCAUGAAUGAUGUGUUUGUCACAGACAAUGGAUUUCGUCCCUCUGGUCCACGCUUUGAUGAAUUUGGACCUAGUGGAGUACCCCCGGACAGGUCUGGGUUUGGUUUAAGGUAUUGUCACUCAGAUUCUUUGGACACCUUUUUUCACCCUCUAAUUCACAUGAGAGACCAAGACAAGAUUUCUCCUUACAAUAUCAAUGCAAUAUCAAGCAGACAAGUGAUGAGAGUGAAGAAAAAAAUAAAUUGAAGGAUUAUAAGUUGAUCCAGCGCCAAAUUCUCUGAACUGACAUCAAAAGAAUUGAAAGGCAGACAGUAAGAAUUACUUAUGUGAUCUUGGAAGUGAAAGGGUUAAGUCUUUAGUUCCUGUUGUUGAAAUUACAAGUCACCUUUGCAUAUGUUUUCUUUUGAGGUAGACCACUUUAUUUUAGACACCUGAUCUCAGUUUGGAAGUGGUCCCAGUAAGAGUUUAUUUAUUGUAAUUAAGAAAAAGAAAAUGAGCCAUUCAUUUAUUUACACAAAUCAGCAUUCAGAAUUUUUUUCAUGGGUUUCAAAAUACUUGCUCUUUCUUUAAAUUGUAUUUGAUCUGCAAUCUGCAAUGUUGCCAUGACAGCACAUAUGUCCAUUGAAGAUUGAUAGUUAUAUCAGUAAGUAAAGUUAUUAAUUUGAUCUUUAUACAUUCCUUUUUUUGUUUGCAUUUACAUGUGAUUUUUUGGCACAUUUUAUUUCCAUUUUUGGUUACCAUUUAUGUGAGUGGUACUGUAUGUACCAAAUGAUCAGAAUUAUCCUGAAAGAAAAGGCUUAGGAACCUACUGAUAAGAUGUUUAUUUUAUAUACAGGUAUCAUGAUGAUGAUUAUGACCAAUUUGCACCUCGGGACCCAUGGGCUGAUUUGUCAUCAGCCAAACAAACAACCAUGUCCUCCAAUUCUGCAGCAAACAACUCAAAACCAACAGGAGGUAUGGAACUCAGUUAAAGGUCCCUUUAUGUUAAUUUGUCUUUUAAUGGUGGCUAUGCAACCUCUGCACACAAACCUAGAAGUAUCAAAUUUGACAUUACAAACUCCUUCCUUACUAAGACUGGAACCUAACCAACAAUACUUGUCAUUGUAGAAAUAAUUAGCUGCCUGAUAUAUCCUUUUCUAAAAGGUAUGAAAUGUCCCUUAAAUGUAGAGUGACCAGCUAACUAACCAAUUGCCUGGUGAGCUGAUUGAAAAACUUUUUUGAACCAUUGUUUACAGGGGGAUGGAGGCCAGCAACACGGCAAAAUCAUAUGAGUUCAGAUGGAGAGGUAUGUUACUCUUGAGUUCUACAGUGGUUGCAUUUUUGUUGGAAAAAGAUUCUAUAAUGAUCAACACUCUUCCACUUAAAUUGUUGCUUAAGAAAAAUGAAGACAGACAAUGCUAGUAAAGGCCUGACCUGGAAAAUAGACCUUCUUUACAGCACUUGUGUUGUCAAAGCUGUAUGUCUUAAAAUAACAUGUUUAAAAUUCAGGUCCCAGUUGAUAUAAGGGUGGAUUAAUCUCUAUCUCUAUCAAGUGGAUAGCUUAAUGCAUUUUGAUUGCGCCCUUCCACUGGGCCCAGUUGUUGAAAGAGUGAAUAACACCUUCCAACGGAUAAAGUGCUAUCCAAAACGUACUGUGCUAUCCACUGGAUAGAGAUUUUUCCAGUAGAUAAUGUUGUCCACCCUUCAAACAACUGAGACUUGUUGAAAAGCAUUAUCUGCCCUGUGGUCAUCUGUGCCCCGUUGUAAAGUUAAGAGCUUUUGUCAAUUUUCCACACUUUAAAUAUUGAAAUUAUCUGGUUUUUUUUUCCUUCCAGAUAAGUUUGCGGCCAGCAAGGGAUUCAAUUGCUGCGUCUCAGAGGCCUAGUGUACAUGUAAGUGGCAGAUCUCAAACCCCACCAACUCAAAAGCAACUGGUAAGUAUCAAUUUAGAAUCAAUCAAUCAAUUUUUUCAUGAUUCAUCUCUCGAGAACAGUGAGAUUAAAAUUAUUGUUUACAGUAAAUAGCAAAGGGAAUGGGUGGUAGGGCUGUAAGAAGCUGAUAAGUAAGAAGAAUGAGAGAAAAAAAAUUGGUAAGGUGUAAAUAUUCCCUUAACCUUUUUUAACCCAUGAGUGACUUACAAUAUCACCCCUGAAUCUUACAUUAAGGUCAUAAGGACUGAGCCUGGUCUUCAGUAGUGACACAAGCAUGAGGGCAAGCAUAAAAGCAAGCAUAACAGUUCUUAUUUCACUAUGAAAAUGGCCUUGACCCAAGCAUAAACACUAGCACAUGGAUAAAAAAUUUUCCUUUUUUUAUGUUUGUGUUUGUGCCUAGGCUUGUGCUUGUGUUGCUAUUGAAAACCAGACUUUAAGGAAAUGAUCACCAACUAAAGUAGUUCUUGAUUGAUCAACAAAAUUCUCCCCGUCAGCAACCUAGGAAGAGUAUGGAGUAAAUUAUGGAGAAUUUUCAUACUGAUGUUGGGGUGUAAAGGGUAGACUGAGUGAUGUUACAUAAAACAAAUACUUUCUUGUCCCACUCUCACUUUCAGUCAAUAAGUACAUAAUAUUUUAUGAAAGCAAUUUCUGAAAAUUUAUGGAUUUUACUUUAUGUAAUUACUUUAGAAAAAUCAAUUCAAUUUGUAUUUAAUAUUUUAGGAUCCCUUAAACAGAACUACUGCUCCACCCAUAAUAGAGAAAGCAAAGAAACAAAACAAACCACAAGCUCCUUCUACAGCUGAUCUCCACAAGCAAAUUGUGAGUGGCCUGCUCCACUUUUUUAUUUAGAUAACCUCUUAUUUAUUAUAUCUGGCAUAUUUUACUUGGAACAUUCUCACAAAUUGAGCAUGUUACUGUGGAAGUGAAGAAUGUUUUAUUUUACUCUACUUGUAUGAAAAAGCUUAAUUUUCAAUUUUUGUAAUUGACUGAACUUUCAAAAAUUCUGUAAUGUGGUUUAUAUAGAAUAAGGAAUGUUAUGUUAUCUUCACAGGAGAACAUUGUCACUGACUUUUUGGAGUCCAAAGAUGUAGAAACUGCAACAAGAGCUAUAAAGGAUAUCAAAGGAGCAAGGUAUGCAGUUGUAGACAAUUGUUUGCUAGACAUACUGUUCUUUUUUUAUAGUAAAUAAGGCGAGUUUUGAAAGAAACUGAUUACCAAGUACUUACUUCAAGUUAGUAUUGAAAAUAAUGUGAGCAUUGCAAGUUCCUUACUAUAAACAGUACUGCUAGUAUUGUAAAUUGCUUACUAAAUUGAUUUUAAAAAAUUUUGAGUAAAGAAAAGUGUUUUUUGCUUCCUUACACCCUGAAGGAACUUGGUCAUUAUAUACAAAAUGAUAAAAAGUUUUUGGUGAAAUAUCUUGAGUUUGUUACUUUGUUUUGCUAAUGCUUUAAAUCCUCAUGUAUUCUUUUCUCUGUUUUAUGAUAGGGGAAAUUACUAUCUUAUGCAACUUCAUACAUUCUCUAAUAAAUUGCUUGUUAGAGUUUGAAAAAUGUCAAACCCAAUCAAUUUUUUUCCUUUUCAUACUAAGGUAUUUUACAAGCCUCAUAAGUCAACUGUUUGCUAGAAGUCUCGGUACAGAAGAUCAGGAAUGUUUCAGUCAGCUCUUUGUUUCCUUGCACAAGUCACAGCUGUUAACAGCAGACAUGUUUAUCAAGGUAGGCUUUAUGUUCAUUUACAUGUUCUGCUUCAUGUCUGAGUGACCUAACCCUCUGACCCCCAAGAAUGACUAACAUCUAAUUUCUCAUUACAAUAUCACCCUCAAGUCACAUAUUAAGGUCAUGAGAACAAAGGAAAUGAUUACCAACUAAAGAAGCUCGUGAUUAGUAAACAAAUUCUCCUUUCCAGCUCCUUAAGAAAUGUAUAGAGAACAAUGAAGAGAAUAUGCAUGCUGACAUUAGGGUGUAAUGGGUUAACAGUAAUGGUUGUUAAAUGGCUGUCUAGUGACCCACUUACAUAAUCUCAGUACAACUUUCUUCGUAAAUCAAGUUUAUAUGCAAGCUUGCUGCACUCCCUUAUGCAAGGUUUGAAAUGAAGCAAACAAAUUUCAUGAUCUGAAAUGAUUUCUAAAUCUCUGAAGACUUUGCAAGCUCAGAAGCCUACAAUUUAUAAAUUGUGAAAACCUUGGCUAAAGUUUUUUCAUGAUCUAGCACUUUCGUGCAAACUGGGCACCAAAGCAUGGAUGUUGUGGAAUCUUUAUGGUCAACAGAUCAAUUAAUUUCCCCUCAAACAUUUCUUGAGAGUGUGAAAAAUUGGAUUUAUAUAGUCAGAUACAAGUUAUGUACAUUGUUGCUUAGUGUUACAUCAGAUACUUCCUUGUAGAACUUUGGUGUCAAAACAAUUUCAAAAUAGCUCUUUCUCAUUGUGCAGGGAGUUUCAGGUGUGCUGGAACAGCACCAAGACCCACAGGAAGAGGGCCUGAAAAUCAAGAAACAUAUGGCACAGUUCAUGGCUAAAGCUGUAACACAGGUAACAAUUAAGUUGCAUAUGGCUAAAAAGGUUGGCUUGAGCUAUUUAUAAAGCAAGUGAAGAUGGCAAAGCAUUUUAAUGUAUGACAAAAUUACCCCUAACCCCCUCCCCCUCCUAUCCAAGUCCCAGGUCAGAUUGAAGAAUCUGACAUAGGCCAAAUGAAAUGAAACCACUGCCCCCCUGGAGGGAAAGUAUUUAGAUUAAGCUGUCCUGGCCAUGCUUCCACUAACAUCAUUUUUUUAGAGCAGAAAUCAGUUAUUCAACAGCUUUGGUCAACUCUUAAUCAACUUCAGUAAUCUUUUUUUAACCACAGCCUCUUUUCAGGAGUAGGGAACAUACUGAAGAGGUAAAACUCUUCCACUCUAUCACUCCUCAUGUGACAGAUCACUGACUAAAAAUCCUUUUAGCUGCUCAGCAUCUCUCUAGGACAGUGCAUAAAACAUUUUAAAACUUUGACUUGAUUUCCGACAGGGGAUUUUGAAUUUAAUCGAGGUGAGCUCCCUGACAGAAAAUGGGAAUUUCCACCCAACUCUCCUGUUGUGUCUAAAGGAACUAGAGGCCUUGAAAGGACCGGUAUGUUAUAACUAUCCUUUUCUAAAGGAAAUUUUCUUGGCCAAUUUCUGUGUGCUUCUCCCUUUGCAUGGUCCUUCUGCUUUCUUUAUUCUAAGUAAAUCUUUACAUUAUUCUUCAGGAGUGGCUAGUAAAUGAAUUCACUGACAGCAAAUUAGAUCUGUUGCCUUCAUUACCAGGUUUGUCAACAACAGAAAAUUUUUAUUGCCUUUUAGAUAACAUUUAUUAUUUGAAUUGAAUGUAGCCAAGAAACAAGUGGCUUGGUUAUGGACACAAGUUAUCAGUUUAAUCCAUAAAGGAACGACAACAAUUUUUAAUCAAUGAAAUGUUUAAAACUCUGUCAAAACAUUUGUCCUAUUUUCUCAAUUUUGUUUUCAUUUGGAAAAUGAGGUGAAGCCACAUACAGAAAAACUUUGCAUGCCCAAAGACUCUUGUUACUUUAUCAGUGGAUCCAAAUGGAACACAUGGAGAUUAUGGCUGUAUAACCUACCUUUUUGGAAUUUUCUUUGUUUGCAGAGGGAGAAAGAGCAAGUGAGAAUUUCAUGUCCAUUCUGGAAAAACAGGUUUGUGAAUGGGGGUAAUGGUAAAAAAUUAUGUUGGGAGAAUGAGCAAUUGAACACCAAGUGACUUUACAUACUGACUCCAGCAGAUUCUGGGCACAACUGGGAUCCCUGUGUUACUUAUUUGGGGUGAAUUCCCUUGCCUUCACACUGCCUUUCUUCUCAGUGUUAGGUAAAUUAAGUCCAGUUAUGGUUGAUAAACAAGCAUUCAUGUUUUAUUCUAAGUUAUUGAUUGUCUGUCAGUUUGCUUAUAAUUUGUUAGCUUCAGUUUUGCCUUCCAUUAGGCAACACGCGACAAAACCUUCAUCUUAAACCCUUAAAUUCCCAAUAUCUCAGUGUUAUUGUUCUUCUCUAGCUACUUCUCAAUUUCCUUGUAUCGUAGUUAGGAGUGUUUGGUGUUAGAUCUCGACAAAAACUCCUUCCUGAUUAGUUUGAGUAUUCUCAUUACCUGUUUGCUGGAUAAUGUAUGGAUAUUAUAGGGAGAAGUCACAUGUUAAUCACUUCGGGGGGGUGGUUAGACGGAAAAAAAUCCAAAUCAAGUUUAGCUUUCCAUCCUCUUAUAGCGCUUACCAGCAUUUAAUGGGUAUCUGACAAAUCAAUGAUGAUUGUUCUUUCUCCGCAGAGUCUGGUAUUCCUUUUCCCUCUCCUUCACAUCCAAGCUGAUCUUUAUUCUAAAAUCGAAGAAGAUCCCACCGUCACCGCUAUCUACAAAUGGGUCAAGGUAUACUUACAAAAGAGAAGCCAACAUACAAAUUAUCCUUUCUGGCUGAAGAAAUUUUUGCUCAGAUGAUAGAGGGAAUCUGCUUUUUAAUCUGCAACUUUUUUUGCAGGAUAACGUCGAGUCGUCGUGGCACACCAAUCCGGAAUUUAUUAAUGUGCUUGCCACUUGGUAAGUGAAAAUCCUUUCAAGACGAAUUCUUGUUUUAUGAAAACCUUCAGAUAGUCUUGCCUAACCCUGAUUCUUUGUAAACUUUUUUGAAAUUUGGCUUCGUUAGUGCUUACAAGUGUACUGGACUAAUGGUAAAAAGAGUGAUGUAUAAAUUAUUUUCAUGUGAUAUACAAUUUAAACUGUAUAAUCUGUUCAUAGCUUGUUAAAAUACGCCACCAAGGACAGUACCCUAAGUGAGGGCCUGGACCCUACACAGGCCCCAGAAAAGGACUGGAUGGAGAAAGAGAAGGCGGCCAUGAAGAAAUUACUUCCUUUGGUGGAGAAGUUUGUUCACGAGAAAAGCGAAUUGCAAGUGAGUUUGUAAAACUUGUUUGUUCAAUCUCUUCAAACUUUUCACUGAUUUCCCCCAUAUCUACCUUUCAACCCAGAUCAUUUUGGGGAAAUGAAUAUACAUUUUUCGUUUUAUCCUAGGAUUCUUUGAGCUCCUCUCAAGAGAAGAGAAUUUUAUGGAUCUUUCUUUUAUGGUUCAUUAUUUUUUGCCUUCCUGUGUUUCAGAACCAGUUCCAGAUGCACUUGUAAAUAUAUCCGAAAACAUAGAAAAUUUAAUUUUGUACCGAUUUGUAUUCAAAUUAGUCUGCCGCACGUACAUUUAUUAAACGAAUUUUUAGGGUUUAUUUUUUUCUUUUUUUUUUAAGUCUCCUAUCUUUUUCUCUUCCAGGUCAGCGUAUUGUAUGCACUGCAAGUAUUUUGUCACAACCACAGUUUUCCAAAAGGUAUGGUCAAUAAUGAAAUUUUCCAAGCUAGAGUGUCUCUUUUGUACGUCUUAAAACUCUCUUACCAUUAGAGAAAAUUUCGGAAUACUCUAGUAAAUUCAAAACCAAAGUAUUUACGACUGUCUAUUGGAGUAGAGGUAGAUCUUACUAGAAGCCAUGAAAAACUCAAGGUUUAAUGGUUUUAUGUUAAUAUCUUAUUGGCAGAGAAGGAAGCGAGAAUUUUUAGCACAAUCACACUACUUGAUGGAGUAGAUUCUAUCAGGGUACUUUAGUAUUAUCAAUUGAGUUGACAACGUAAAUUGGCCACCUUAAAGAGUUUAAAAGCUAAACUCUAUGCGGUGGCCAAUUUACACUAUCAACUCAGUUGAUAAUACUAAAUUACUCUGUUGCACUGUCCCACCGACGCAGCACCACAGUUUCUUUAGAAACUUACCUUCUUUAUUCAUGGCAAUUCUAAGGUUGGAAUUCUGUAGAUUUUGUAGAUUUAUCUUGAUUGGUCCGGAGGUGAAUGUGUCGGUAAUGCCUAGGAUUUCAGUGUUUGGUUCGUAAAAAUUGGAGUUCCUUUAGGUAUUUUCACGGCACUGUGUGAGUGGCUCUCACUGAUCAGCUAUUUCCGAUUCAGUGAAAUUUUCAUAACCCUAUUUGUAAUCGAAAAGAUAUAGCAAUGAUUUCGGAAAGAAAGUUCGUGGUUGGAAAUACCUCGGAGGCUGUAUCAGUAACUUGACAAGGAAUUUGAAGCCCACAUAUCCUUUCUUACUGACAGCCAUACUUGUUUUGUAGGUAUGUUGCUGCGCAUGUUUGUGUUGUUGUACGAUACAGAAGUUGUGGAGGAGGACGCGUUUUUGAGGUGGAAAGAAGAUGUGAGUGAGAAGCAUCCCGGCAAAGGAAAAGCUCUCUUUCAGGUAACGAUCAGUGCUGUUAAUUACUUGUCAUGGUGCGUUUGGUUCAGGCUGACAAAAAUGUGUUUUCAUUUCAGGUUAACUCGUGGCUGACUUGGCUGGAAACCGCUGACGAAGAAGGAACAGACUCAGAACCCGAGUAACCAGGCUACAUCCAUGUUUUGAUGGAAGCCUAAGUUGUGCAGAGAAGUGCAUUCAGAGUGAAUCUCUCCCGAAAAUAAGACGCUAGCAAGAAAAAUUGAAGUAUAAAAAAUAGAAAAAAAUUGAAAAAUUGAAAGAAAUGCGUGAAGAAUGCACUGAAUAGAACUUUAAACUCAUCGCUUUGUGUUCCAAACUGAGGUAAUUCUCAGCGUAGCAUGUAAUAGUCUUGUAACCGCGCGCAGUUCUUCUCUGGUUUUAUUUAGUUUGGUCUCUUAGUGUUAAUUACCCGGACUAAGAUAUUUUGUACAAAUGUGUCGCCAGUAAACGCUGUAUGAUUUGGUAAAAGCUGAAAAGUGUGACAAGGGAAACUCUAAUGCGAAUAGCUGAAGUAAUAUUUCCCUGGAAAUCAGGAGCUUAAAAUUGUUCGCUUAAUGUAAUGAUUUUCAGAUUGCUCAUCAAUCAGCAAUGGUUAGAGUAACU